AUGGAAGUGGUUAAGGACAUCACGGAGACGGCGGCCGUGGACCUGGGGGACCUCCUGGACGCCGGGGACGACGCCGUGGUGAUACUCGAGGCAGGCGACACGCGGCUGUUGGCGCACAGGGCCGUCCUGGCGGACAGGAGCCCUGUGUUCGCCGCCAUGUUCGCCCACGACACCCUCGAGGCCAGCAGCGGCGCGGUGAGCAUCCCGGACGUGGGGGGCCCGGUGCUGAGGCAGCUGGUCUCCUACCUGUACACCCUGCGGGCCCCCCAGCUGCCCGGCGCGGCCCCCCAGCUGCUGGCCGCAGCGGAUAAAUACGGGGUGUCGCGGCUGAAGGCGGAGUGCGAGCGGCAGGUGGCCGCUCAGCUGACCGUGGAGACCGCGGCGGCCGCGGCCGUCCUCGCAGUCCGCCACUCCUGCAGUGACCUCAGGCGAGCCGCCAUCGAAUUUAUUAAGGCCCGUACCCACGAGGUGAUGGCCACGCAGGGGUGGGCAGAUGCGAUGCGGAAGCAGCCGGAAGACUUGAUCGAAGUGAGCCGGUUGCUGUAUGAUCCACCACCAAAAAGCAGCCCACCAGCCGCUGCACAGCUGAGGAGCCUCUCUGCAGGAGAGAGGGGCAGGAGGCUGGUCCAGGCGGCUGAGGAGGGGGCAGUGGGGGAGCUGAGGGCGCUGAUCGCCACAGGGGCCGACGUGGAGGCGAGGGGCGGGUGGAGCGGGUGGACCGCCCUGCACUGGGCAGCAGCCAGGGGAGACGUCGAGGCGGCGAGGCUGCUGGUGGGGGCGGGGGCGGCGGUGGACGCCAGGGGUGAUGAUGGGUGGACGCCGCUCCAUGUUGCGGCAGCCAGUGGCCACGCAGAAGUGGCGGCUGCGCUGCUCGUCGCGGGGGCCGACAGGGGGGCCACAACUGGUGGUGGGCAGACAGCGCUGGACCUCGCCAGGCAGCGCAACCACAGGCGGCUGGUGGAGAUGCUGUCAUGA